AUGGCCAUUGAGGAGGAGAUUCGCCCGACCUUGCAGCUCCCUGACUACGAGUGCCACAGUGCUGGCCAGGAGGCACGCGACCUUCACGAGGCCGUCCUGCUCUUGCUCUCUGCGGUGGAGCUGCAGGGUGCCAGUCCCAGCAACCAGAAGGUGUGGCAAGGCCACGCAAGCAAGUUUGCCAAGGUACCGGCCGUUUUUGAAGACAUCUGCCCUUUCGGCUGGUUCUUGGUAAGGUUGAGCCACUGGACCUCCUGUGUGCUCGCAGCCUGGGACCACCCUUCAUGCACAACCUUUCGCAUAGAUCCCAUUCGCCUUACCAAGCUCGUGCUUGGUGCCUAUGGCAACCAUUAUGGGCUACAGCUACACGAGGAGCUCGUUGUCUUCUGGAACACACGCUGGAGCCGCCUGUUCGAGUACUGGGUGACAGCGAUGCAAGAGCUUCGAAACUGGCAGAAGCCGUUUGCCGCAGCUUUUGACUCGACUGCUCUCCGCGGCAUCGACUGCGACGAUUCCUCAGAGGUUCCGGACUUCUCCGAGACGGACACAACUCCUCAUUCACCCACUUGGACAGUCCUUCGACACAGGCUUGAAGCAGCCUAUCAGAAGGGCGACGCAAAUUCGCAAAGGAUUGCGAUGCAUCUGACUAUGUUCAUGUGGCAGGACUCGAACCAAUCACAUCUUGAGGCCCAGAUCAAGGAGUGCCCGCUGGGCAUGCUUGCUGUGUCGCUGCACCGCUUGGUGGUGUAUCUGCGGGCCCUGUCUGAGCAGGUGCCUCUGCAGCUAAGUCAUGUGGUCCAGAUCUUCCUGAAGGUCGAAGAUGCCUUUCCGGACUUGCUACCGGUCCUUUUUGAAACCGAGUGGCCCUUAAUGACAUUUCUAAACAUGGGUGCUCAAAUUGUCCGGUGGAGAUCACGGUCUGGAACAGACUCCUACCAGACGAAGCCUUUCACCCUUGACUUCUUUCCUACAGAGCUGCUUACUUCGCAAGCGGAGCGAAAACAGCUCUCUAGCCUGGCCACAAGCGGUGCUCGGCUGCUGGGCAACAUCAGGCAGCGGCUAUUGGCCUGGCCCAGUGACGUGUACCAGAAGCUGCUGAAGGCUUUGUUCAGAUAUCUUGAUGCUGACAUCCACCGCCCGAGCAGCCACCACAUCGUUUUCAUGACGACGGUAUAUGGCCAGCGCUACGCUAAGUACCUUGCGGGUUGGCUGCGUCGUGCUGCAGCACUGGGGCACCUACCGCGGAUGUUAGUGUUUUGCCUGGAUGCCCACGCCAAAGAGGAAUGCGACAAGGCGCACCUAGAGACAAGCUUCUGCAUCGCUGGAACACAGAAGACGGCGGCCAACAAGUUUCACAUGAUGGCUGCUAUUGUCAACUUGGGCUUUGACGUUUUGUAUCUCGAUUUCGACCUGGCGCUCUUCAAGGACCCAUUACCCGAGAUCCUGUCACAUUGGGACAAGGCUGAGCUUCUCUUGACCAGAGAUUUUGGUUCCGAGUGCCUCAACAUUGGUGUUGUCUAUGCUAAAGCCCACGCGGACACGGCUGAGUUCUUGCAAGAGCUCAUCGUGUGGCUCUGGAACCAUCCCUACGAAUUUUGCCAGAAGGCUUUUGCUGGCAUGAUGGGUCAAGAGGACAUCCAGUACAACGAUCUUUUCGGAGACCCAGUGCGAGCGGUUCCUCGUUGGGGUUUCUUGGAGUCGCUGAACCUUUUCGUUACCAGCACUGUCUACAACGCCGACGUGCAGGGAUGGACAGGGGACAUAGACAAGAUCAUCAUCUUUCACUUCCUUGACAGCACUGGCGACGUGAACCCCGACUUUGCGCUUAAGGGUGGGUAUGUAAACCUUUUCGAUGCCUUCUACGACAAUCCUAAGCUGAAUCUGUCCGUUGACGAACCGCUCCAUGAGCAAGACCAUCAGAUUAGAGCCUUGCUCAUGGAGUCAAGGCAGCUUCCGCCGACACGGCUUUGGCCCUGCCUCAACACCGACCCGGAGUCCCUGCCUGAAUGGAAGAAGAUACAGCGCAAUCAGAUCCUGAACCGGUCGGAGCUACGCCCAGUGAUGUGA